CGGCGCGUGUACCAUGGCGGCGACGGUUGAUGUCCCCGCGGCCUUAGCGACCGUGGAGACAGCUAUACCGGGAGAGCCUAUGACCACCUCUGUCCCGGCUCCGGAGCCGGUCCCCGGGCCGGCGCGCAGCCUGCGGACGGCUCACGACAUUGGCGGCUCGCGGACCCGCACGGGGGACGUGUUACUGGCCAAGCCGGCGGAUUUCGAGUCGCUACUGUUGUCGCGGCCGGUGCUGGAGGGCCUGCGGGCGGCCGGCUUCGAGCGGCCCUCACCGGUGCAGCUCAAGGCCAUCCCGCUGGGGCGCUGCGGCCUUGAUUUAAUUGUUCAAGCUAAGUCUGGCACUGGGAAAACCUGUGUAUUCUCCACCAUUGCUUUGGACUCUCUUGUUCUUGAAAACUUAAGUACACAGAUUCUGAUUUUGGCGCCCACAAGAGAAAUUGCUGUUCAGAUCCAUUCUGUUAUUACAGCCAUUGGAAUCAAAAUGGAAGGCUUAGAGUGUCAUGUCUUUAUUGGAGGGACUCCAUUAUCGCAAGACAAAACCAGACUUAAAAAGUGUCACAUUGCUGUUGGAUCUCCUGGCAGAAUUAAACAGCUGCUAGAACUUGACUACCUGAACCCAGCCAGUAUACGUCUUUUUAUUCUUGAUGAAGCAGACAAGCUUUUAGAAGAAGGCAGCUUCCAGGAGCAAAUAAAUUGGAUUUAUUCUUCUUUGCCUGCCAGUAAGCAGAUGUUGGCAGUAUCAGCUACUUACCCUGAGUGUUUGGCUAAUGCUUUGACAAAAUACAUGAGAGAUCCCACUUUUGUAAGACUAAAUGCCAAUGAUCCAAGUCUCAUAGGUUUGAAGCAGUAUUACAGAGUUGUUACUUCAUACCCUUUGGCCCAUAAGAUUUUUGAGGAAAAAGUUCAACAUUUACAGGAACUGUUCAGCAGAAUUCCAUUUAAUCAAGCCUUAGUCUUUUCUAAUUUGCACAGUAGAGCACAACAUUUGGCUGAUAUCCUUUCUUCGAAAGGCUUUCCUGCUGAGUGCAUUUCAGGCAACAUGAAUCAGAAUCAGCGUCUUGAUGCUAUGGCUAAACUGAAACAGUUCCAUUGCAGAGUCCUCAUUUCCACAGAUCUGACUUCCCGUGGGAUUGAUGCUGAGAAGGUGAAUCUGGUUGUAAAUCUGGAUGUACCAUCGGACUGGGAGACAUAUAUGCAUCGGAUUGGCAGAGCUGGUCGUUUUGGUACAUUAGGACUAACGGUGACUUACUGUUGUCGGGGAGAAGAAGAAAAUACGAUGAUGAAAAUUGCUCAGAAAUGUAACCUCAACCUUCUUCCUUUACCAGAUCCCAUUCCUCCUGGUCUGAUGGAAGAAUGUUUGGAUUGGGAUGUGGAAGUUAAAGCUGCUGUGCAUACAUAUGGCUUAGCAAGUGUGCCUACCCAGACCCUAAAAAAGCAAAUUGAAAAAAUAGAGAGAACCUUUCAAACUCCUAAAGCUCAUGGUAACCAGAUGGCUUCAUCUAGAGUUACUUCUGUAUGUGUACCACCAAGCAAAUCAAAAAGUAAUACCAAACAAAAGCUUCCUGGGAAAAGCCAUUCAGACUGUGGAAUUACAGAAAAAGCAAUGUCGCCGAAAGAACUGGGCUGUGCCAUUCCACCGGAAGAGCACAUGAAGGAUUCUGAUCAGACUCAUGUUGAAAACUGUACCAGUGGUCAGCAUCAGGUCAAAGAAACUUUACCUGUGUCACUCCCCAAAAUUCCAUGUCUGUCUUCCUUUAAAAUCCACCGGCCAUGCACUUUGACUUUUGCAGAAUUAGUAGAGGAUUAUGAACAUUAUAUUAAAGAGGGGUUAGAGAAACCUGUGGAAAUCAUCAGGCAUUACACAGGUCCUGGGGAUCAGGCCGUGAAUCAUCAGAAUGGUUUUGUGAGAGAGAGAGUUACUGAAGAGAGAGUGCAGAUAUUGGCAAGUAGUAGCCAAUCUGGAGACUCUGAGAGUGACAGUGAUUCUUACAGCUCAAGGACUUCUUCCCAGAGCAAAGGAAAUAAGUCAUAUGUGGAAGGCUCUUCUGAUACUCAGCUGAAAGACUCAGAGUCUUCUCCUCUGCAUGGCCAUAUCUCUUUGGAGCAACCUCUGAAUGGAAAUGAUACCCCCAUUCUGGAGGAGUAUCAGGAAUCACCUGAAAUCCAGAUAAGGGCAAGGCAUAAAGAGGGGGCUAACCACAGAGCUAAGCAUAGCCGGAGAAACCUUCCCAGGAGGUCUUCCUAUCGAUCACAGACAGAGCCCCAGGAAGAUGGUUGGUAUGACUGUCACAGGGAGACACGUCCGAGUUUUUCUGAUACCUACCAGGAUUAUGAGGAGUACUGGAGAGCUUACUAUAGGGCAUGGCAGGAAUACUAUGCUGCUGCUUCUCAGUCAUAUUGGAAUGCUCAGAGACAUCCAAAUUGGAUGGCAGCCUAUCACAUGAAUACCGUUUAUCUACAAGAAAUGAUGCGUGGUAACCAGUGAUUAUAGAAUAUACCUGAGCCCGUGGGGAAAUAGCCACUAGCAAUACCUUUGGAUAUCCAUCCUUCUUGACCUGUAGCAGAGUGACAAUUACUGACAUUUUUAAGAACAUGGAAAGACCUGAGGUUUUCCACUGGGACACAUCUAUUUUUCAGAUUAUUUAGAUUUAGGCCAGGUUUAUUAUCCUCUUUAUUUAAGAAACUUCACGGAUCACUUUCUUGAAAGAAUUUUUGGGACAUAGAGCUAAGGUCCCGGAGUGCUGUUUUCUAUAAGCCAUUUCAAAAAGAAACAUUUAAGAAGACAUAUAUAUAUACCACUACUUACUUAAAAAAACAAAAAUAAACACACUUGAGAUUUGGAAAGUAAUACUAGUUUAUGCUGUGGGAUUCUGUACAAAAAGCCUUGGGUACAUUUCCAUAAAGGUGUAUUCCUGUAGCAAAGGAUUUUGUAGUAUGUGAGAUCAGAAGAUCUCAUUUUCUUUUAGGUUUAGGCAGAAAGGAGUAUUUAAACAUUGCCUCAUACUUUCCAAAAACACUUGAUUUGGUGCUAUUUGCCUACAGUAAAAAUAAUUUGUUUCCAGUAAAAACACAAAUUUA